AUGCGUCCCAGGCCGAGGGGCUCCCAACUGGGCCUGCUGCUGCUGGCCUCCCAGUUGUUCCAGGUGGGCCUGGACAACAUCCCCCCGGUCACUUUGGCCGUCCUGGCCCUCAACGUGUACCUCUUCCUUUUUCCUGCUGCUCCCCUCAUGCAGGCCUACUGGCUCAAAGAGUGGCGCCGACUUCUCCUGUCCCCAUUGCACCACGCAGACGACUGGCAUCUGUAUUUCAACAUGGCGUCCUUCCUGUGGAAAGGCAUCCGGCUGGAGCAACGGCUGGGGGGGGCCUGGUUCCUGUACCUGCUCUCGGUCUUCUCCCUGCUGACCGGUGUGGUUUAUCUGGGGUUGGAGGCUUUGCUAACGGAGCUCAUGGAGGACCAGUCCUACAGCAUGGCCUGUGCGGUCGGCUUCUCAGGUGUCUUGUUUGCUCUGAAGGUGGUCAAUAACCACUACCACCCUGGAGGCGUGACCUAUGUGAUGGGUCUGCCCGUGUCCAAUCGAUAUGCCAGCUGGGCGGAGCUCGUGUUGAUCCACAUAACAGCGCCUGGGUGA